AUGUUCACUUCUCGCCAUGCCGAAGACCAAUUCCGACUGCGCAUGCACCGCGCACGCUCCGUAGACCUGACCAACGACGAGUUGGUGGAAGUGCGUGCGGCGCAACGCACAUUCGAGGGUGCCUACAUCCGCACUUCGCUGUCGCAGUUCUCCUUUGCCCUCAUCGUCCUCAAGAUCUUCACCUCCGAGUUCUACUCCAUCGGCGCCCUCUUCGCCGUGUACGGCGCGGGUGUACUGGCCGUCAGUGCGUACCGUCGCCAGCAAGGCAAUCGGCAAUUCUUUAGUGAAGUGGGUGACGACGGUCUGGGCAGAAAGCGAUUCAGAACCAGUGGUAACGUGGUUGUCGCGCUCACGGCAUUGAGUAUCGCUGCGUAUAUCACCCUACUGGUGUUGACGCUGAGGCUGGAGACUUGA